GUUCUCCUCGUUUGGGGAGACUGAAGCCGAUUCUUUCUGGUUCCCGUCCGUCCUUGAAGUCGCCAUAACCGAUGUCCGAAACUGUCACGAAUCUGUAUGGUGGAUCACCACUGAAUCGACUGUCUUGGUUGAGGCAAUCCCAAGCCUUCCUCAACCGAGUUAUCGUCCUCCCCGAAACUCGAUUCCUGCUCUUCAACAACGGCCAGCCUCUAUCAGUCACCUCCAAAGACUCCCCAAAACCAUCCCUAUUCGUGAACACGAACGACAUCAAAGUUCUCCUAGGUCCCGAACCGUACUUUGGACAGGGCCAGAAUCCAGGGGAGCCUUGUACAGGAGACGACGACGACUCGGAUGAGCAUUCGGGACGCCAUUCACCAACCAAAGCGUGCAGACACCUCCACGCUCGCAUCGUAUUCUUGGGUAUCGACGAAGGACAGGCUGGCGGAAACGGGGCACCGUACUCGGCCCUCCCACUCGCUGAAUUCAAGGACCCCGAUGUAGCCUUCCAGAAACUCAAGGGGACACCCUACUUUGCUAUGGACGUCGCAGAACUAGGCUACUCCGAGGACGAACUUCGCUCCAUUUUCGAAUCAAGCUUGUCGAAAGACGGGAGGACGUUCACAUGGGCCGAACCAAGGUCGUUGAUGACCUCUCUGGGCCACUUUGAAGCAGCAGUGUUUGCAUCUGCGAGGAGCCUGGUGGAUUGGAACUUUAGGAACAAGUUUUGUCCAGGAUGCGGAUCGCCGACAUACUCGAUGUGGGGAGGCUGGAAGGUCGCAUGUAGCACCUUGCUGCCUUGGGCAGAUAACAAGGGGAAGUCGGCUUGUCCCUCUGGUAAGGGUCUGCAAAACUAUACUCAUCCAAGGACGGACGCCGUCGUCAUCAUGAUCGCCAUUGACGAAACCGGCGACAAGGUUCUCCUCGGUCGAGGGAGGCGUUUCCCUGGCAAGUUUUACUCGGCUCUCGCAGGAUUUAUCGAACCCGGUGAAUCAUUCGAAGAUGCUGUGCAGAGGGAGAUGUGGGAGGAGGCUGGUGUACGCGUCUGGAAUGUGCGGUAUCACUCCGGCCAGCCAUGGCCCUACCCUGCCAACCUGAUGGUCGGGUUCUAUGCAAGAGCAGACUCGUCCAAACCGAUCCGUGUUGAUCUCGACAACGAACUCGCCGACGCUAGAUGGUUUACCAAAGACGAAGUUCGCGCAGUUCUGAAUCACCGCACUGGGACAACUUUCGGCAAAUCGGACUACAAACGUAUGAACGAAAUCGUUGAGGGCAAGAAGCUGGAGGACAGGUCGGCCUCGGAUUCCUCGAACGCUGCCGCUCGGGCAUUCACCCCUUCCGAGGACGGAAAGGCCGCAGCAAACGGCCAGCAACCACCCAAAGAUAGUGAACCACCAUUUAGGCUUCCUCCCUCGUCUGCUAUUGCUGGUGUGCUCAUUCGGGAUUGGGUCGAGGGGAAGAUUGGGUUCUUUGACCAACAGCCGUCUGCGCGUUCCCCCAAUCUCUGAUGUCCUCUCCAGGGACAAGCUCGGGUGUAGGAAGUUAUAGCGCUUUUAGUCCACAGAAUGAUAGUAUCAACCCAGUUAUCGCCCGCAAAA